CAGGUUGCUGUGGCUAUGACAGGGUCUGUGGUCUGGUUUGCAUUGACUCGCUCCUCUCUGGAUCUCUGGAUGCUGCGAGGCUGGAGGAUAGCUGAGAGCUGCUAGCUGUCAGCAGAGCUGCCUUUUUUUCUCUCUUUUCAACCUGGGACCUUAUCAGGAUACUUCUGGAAAUAUUUUUUGAUGGAGCAAUUGUGAUCUUAAAACCAUUUUUUUGUGCUGACCACUCUAAAUACCAAAGGCUGGAGAUCUGAUUCUGUUAAUGUAUAUUGCACUUACCUCAACUCCAGCAGAAAUGAAUGCCAACAGUAUGCCUAAACAAGUGGAGGUCAGGAUGCACGAGAGUCACCUGGAGCCCAUUGAGGCCAGGCCUCAGUCCAAAUGUGCCAAAAUCUGCUCGAAGCUUUCCAAGAACCUUCUGCUCACACUCACUGUCCUCGGUGUGAUCUUGGGAGCUGUAUCAGGGAUGUUGCUCCGCGUUGCUUCCCCUAUCCACCCAGACAUCGUCAUGGUGAUUUCUUUUCCUGGAGACAUCCUUAUGAGGAUGCUGAAGAUGUUGAUCCUGCCCCUCAUCAUCUCCAGUUUAAUCACAGGUCUUUCCGGUUUGGAUGCCAAAUCCUCUGGUCGCCUGGGAACCAGAGCCAUGGUCUACUACAUGUCCACCACUAUUAUUGCUGCUGUCCUGGGAGUCAUCCUGGUACUAGUCAUCCACCCUGGCAACCCCAAAUUGAAGGAAAAUCUGGGCGAGGGCGAGAAAAAUGACGAGGUGUCCAGCUUGGAUGCCUUCUUCGAUCUGAUCAGGAACCUGUUCCCGGAGAACCUGGUGCAGGCCUGUUUCGAACAGGUCCAGACAGUCACAAAGAAGGUUGAGGUGAUUAUCGAGGAAGACAUCAAUGCCACCACUGUGGAGGGCCUGGUGGCUAACAUCACCAAGGAGCCUCAGUUUUUGGUCAAGAAGUCCCUGCAGUUCAAAAGUGGCAUGAAUGUCCUGGGUCUGAUUGGUUUCUUUAUUGCAUUUGGCAUCUGCAUGGGCAAGAUGGGAGAGAAGGCCAGACUCAUGAUUGAAUUCUUCAACAUCCUCAAUGAGAUUGUGAUGAAAAUUGUCAUCAUGAUCAUGUGGUACUCUCCCUUCGGUAUCGCCUGUCUCAUCUGUGGUAAGAUCAUCUCCAUCAAAGAUUUGGAGGUGGUGGCUAGGCAGUUGGGCAUGUAUAUGAUCACUGUGAUUGUCGGCCUCAUCAUCCAUGGAGCAAUCUUCCUGCCCAGCAUCUACUUUGUUAUCGUCAGGAAAAAUCCCUUCACCUUCUUCCUUGGCAUCUUCCAGGCCUGGAUCACUGCUCUGGGGACAGCCUCCAGUGCUGGUACACUGCCUGUCACCUUCCGUUGUCUGGAGGAGAACCUGGGUAUUGACAAAAGAGUCACUCGUUUUGUGCUCCCAGUUGGUGCCACCAUCAACAUGGACGGUACAGCCCUGUAUGAGGCUGUUGCUGCCAUCUUUAUUGCCCAGAUGAACGGCAUCUACCUGGACCCUGGUCAGAUUGUCACUGUCAGUCUGACUGCCACUCUGGCCAGUGUUGGAGCUGCCAGUAUUCCCAGUGCCGGCCUGGUGACUAUGCUCUUGAUCCUGACUGCUGUAGGCCUGCCAACCCAGGACAUCAGUCUGCUGGUUGCUGUUGACUGGCUGCUGGAUCGAUUCAGGACCUCAGUGAACGUGGUGGGUGACUCCUACGGUGCAGGCAUCGUGUACCACAUGUCCAAGGCGGAGCUGGAGGAGCUGGACGCACACGCCAAAUCAGACGACAUUGAAAUGAUGACGAAGACCCAGUCUUAUUACGACGACAUGAAGAACCAUCAUGAAAACAAUUCCAACCAGUGCGUCUUAACCGAUACCGCUACUACAACCGCUUCCGCCACUGCUAACAAUUCUGUCGUAGUAGAUGAUUGCAAGGUAACCUCAGCCACAAACGGCUCUGCUGCGGAGUGCACGCUUGUUGAGGAGGAACCAUGGAAACAUGAAUAAUGGCAGCACAGAGAUCCCCCCUGCUCCAGGGCUCCACAAGCUUUCCUACCUGAUGAUUAAAAAAACAAGUGAAUGGAAAAAAAAAAACAAGUCACAUGAACAGAACUACUAAUUGUUUUUUUUUAUGUAGUUUAGUUUUCUUUCUUUUUUUAAAUUAGUCCCUUUAAAACGAUUUUUGUAACUGUCUAUCUGACUGAUAUGUAACACUAAUUCACUUAACCGUGAAGUGAUAAAAGAGGUUGACCUGUUAGAGCACAAUUAUGUCCUAUAUUAUAGCAGAUACUUGCACAACAUACUUCAAGGCUUGGGGAGGGAAGGAAGAGAAAAACAAGUUAGAUAAGCUGUUUCUAGCAAUACAUGUUGGUUAUAAGACGGGAAAAGAAGUGGCUGUGUAACACGGGAUGCACUUAGAUCCUCUUCCUAUAUUUCACACAGGUGAUUCAUUAUUAUAAUGGCAGAAGAAGAGUGGGAGUUAGAGCAUUACUUACGUCACCAGACAUACUGAACUUCCUGCUUCACAUCCCUGUUAGUAACAUCGCAAUGUGUCGAAAAGCUGCUUAUUUUCCUACUCAGCUCGGUGUCUCAUCCAAUAAUAUCUCUUUUGCUUCUUAUACUAUCAAAGCCUUUAUCUGGCUGCUUUUUCACAAUAUUACCCACUUCCCCGAGGUCCAGUAAACUGAUGAAAGCACAGUCACGGCUGAAUUAAAAAGCACAAAUCAAACCAUGGAGCUCAUUUUUAUCCCCCCUUUUUUUUGGUUUUCUUUUGUCUGUGUUCUGGAAAGAAAAGGGACUUUUAUUUUUCUUUGUGUCACCUGUUUGUGUGACAAUGUUGUUGAGAGAGAGAUAGUAUGUGUGUGUGUGUGUGUGUGUGUGUGUGUGUGUGUGUGUGUGUGUGUGUGUGUGUGUGUGUGUGUGUGUGUGUGUGUGUGUGUGUGUGUGUGUGAGAGAGCUGGGGUUAAGAA